GGAACGUGUUCGUGAUCGCGGCUAUCCUGCUGGAGCGGAACCUCCAGAACGUGGCCAACUACCUGAUCCUCUCGCUGGCGGUGGCGGACCUCCUGGUGGCCUGCUUGGUCAUGCCCCUCGGGGCCGUCUACGAGGUGAGCCGCCAGUGGACGCUCGGCCCGGAGCUCUGCGACAUGUGGACCUCCAGCGACGUCCUCUGCUGCACCGCCUCCAUCCUCCACUUAGUAGCAAUAGCAUUAGAUAGGUACUGGGCUGUGACGAACAUCGACUACAUCCACCAGCGGACGGGGAAACGGAUCGGUAUAAUGAUCCUAGUGAUAUGGACCGUCUCGUUCUUGGUGUGCAUAGCGCCCCUCCUCGGCUGGAAAGACCCCGAGUGGGAAACCAGGGUCCUCCAGCAAAGAACCUGCCUCGUUAGUCAAGACAUUGGGUAUCAAAUAUUUGCGACAGCAUCAUCUUUCUAUCUACCUCUAUUCGUAAUUUUGGUGCUGUACUGGAGGAUAUUCCAAGCUGCCAGGAAAAGAAUUCGACGGAGAGUGCAGGCGUCCGCCGUAGCCAAGAUCUCAUCCCACGGUACUGUCAAGUAUCCUCCUUCGGGAGGCGUUGUAGCUGGUCUGUGCGCCGCGGGCGCGACGGGCGGCAACGGGGGGAUCGCGGCGGCGGUGAUCGGGGUGAUCGGGCAGCCGCUGCCGACCAUCUCGGAGCUGACGACGACGACGACGACGGCCAUGACGAACGUCUCCUCGGCCAACUCGAGCCCGGAGAAGGGCUCCUUCGGCAACGGCCUCGAGGAGGACGCCCCGCCGACGGUCAACGGGCCCUCCCUCCCGACGCUCGUCCCGCCGUCGCCGCUCCCGCCCCCGCUCAAGCCGCCCCCGCCGCCGCCGCCCAAGCGGAAGAAGGAGUCGGCCGACUCCAAGCGGGAGCGCAAGGCCGCCAAGACCCUCGCCAUCAUCACCGGGGCCUUCGUCAUCUGCUGGCUCCCCUUCUUCAUCAUGGCCAUACUCCUCCCCAUCUGCAGCAGGUACCAGUGCCAGCUGAACCAGUACCUUAUCGCGUUCUUCCUGUGGCUGGGCUACUUCAACUCGACGCUGAACCCGAUCAUCUACACCAUCUUCAGCCCCGAGUUCCGGCACGCCUUCAAGCGAAUCCUCUGCGGCCGAAAAAACUCGGUCCGGCGGAGGAAUAGGCAUCUCGGCGUCAGGCACAUGCACUGACAGUUGCCCAAGUUCGAGUCGCAUACCGUUUAGCAGGGGUGCAGGGUUUUUCCCUCGAGGGGAAAAACUAAAAAAGAUGCAAGACGAGAGUCCAUCCCUCUCGCCGGGUCCUACCGCGGGGCUUCCAAAAUCGUCCGCUUCAAGGAGGAGGUGGAAAUGGAGAGCAUUUCUCAACAGAAUUAGCAGAAUCGAGACGCGAGAAGGAGGGAGAGCCAACUGAUUCGAUUUCAUUCUCACUUUUAAAAAUCCAAAAGAAUGGAGAAUGGACCACUAGACAAGGUACGAAUUGUUGCAUUCUGAUACAUGUUCCUUAACUAAAAUUUCACGUGGAAUACGA